UUCUACUUGCUACUGGAAACCUGUAGACUGACUCUUCGUCCCUGGAGUAAGCAGAAGCCUAGUCAUGGAUCCUUCUGAUACACAGAGGAAAACAGUAGCUAUUAUUGGAGGAGGAUUGGUAGGUUCUUUAAAUGCUUGCUUCUUUGCAAAAAGAGGCUGUGUAGUGGAACUAUAUGAAAGCAGACCAGAUAUCCGUAGUUCCAAUGCCGUUCGGGGCAGAAGCAUUAAUUUGGCCCUUUCUCAUCGGGGAAGGCAAGCUCUCAAGGCUGUUGGAAUGGAAGAUCAGAUUGUGUCUAAAGGCAUCCCCAUGAGGGCAAGAAAGAUCCACACACUCUCAGGCAAACAAUAUGCCAUUCCCUAUGGAACAAAAAACCAGUAUAUUCUCUCUGUCGAUAGAGCAAAUUUAAACAAAGAGCUUCUAAGUGCUGCUGAGAAAUAUUCCAACACUACAUUAUACUUUGGACACAAACUGCUUCGCUGCCAUGUAGAAUCAGGGCUAUUGGACUUUUCAAGAUCAGACCAGACAAGAAGAGAGGUCUCUUGUGAUCUCAUUGUGGGCUGUGAUGGAGCUUUUUCUACAGUUAGGAAGCAGUUCAUGAGACAAACACGUUUCAAUUACAGCCAGACUUAUAUUCCUCAUGGAUACAAGGAGCUGAAAAUCCUCCCAAAGGAUGGAGAUUUUGCAAUGGAGCCAAAUUUUCUGCACAUUUGGCCAAGGAACUCAUUCAUGCUGAUUGCACUGCCAAACAUGGACAAGUCUUUCACAUGCACUCUUUUCAUGCCUUUUGACGAUUUUGAGAAGUUCACAACUGGAGACCAAGUGCUGGAUUUCUUUGAAAUGUAUUUUCCAGAUGCAAUUCCUCUCAUGGGAAGGCAGGAACUGAUACAAGAAUACUUUUUGCUACCACCCCAGGCCAUGAUCUCUGUGAAAUGCUCCUCAUAUCAUGUUGCCUCUCGCUGUGUCCUGAUGGGAGAUGCAGCACACGCACUUGUCCCCUUCUAUGGCCAAGGCAUGAAUUCCGGAUUUGAAGAUUGCCUGGUUUUUGAUGAAUUAAUGGAGAAGUUCCAAAAUGAUUUCUGUCGUUGCCUUCCAGAGUUUUCAAGACUGAGAGUGCCUGAUGACCAUGCAAUCUCAGAUUUAUCCAUGUACAAUUAUGUAGAGAUGCGUGAGCUUGUUAAUUCAAGGUGGUUCAUCUUCCGGAAAAAAAUAUUCAACUUACUUCAUGCCCUCUUCCCCUUCACCAUCAUCCCUCUGUAUACCAUGGUCACCUUCUCCAGAAUCCGGUAUCAUGAAGCUGUGCAAAGAUGGAAGUGGCAGGAUAAGGUAAUAAACAGAAGCCUUUUCUGCAUUGGAGCAGUGACAGCAUUGAGUGGCAUCUAUCUGCUAAGAAAUGUGAUAAAGCAACAAACCAAUUUCAGUAACAAGAAUAUGUGGAGAAGAGAUAGCUUUAAAAUCUUUGGAAAUGUUCCACAAUUCUACUAAAAGCAUAUCAGAGAAAAAGAAGCCUUAAAUCUCAAAUGAACUCCUGUUUUUAAUAUUCAUUUUUUCCCAAAUCCACAUGUGUGAAGGGAGGAGCUGGGCAAUCCUGGUUUGUUCCAGCCAAACACUUCUUAGAUAAUGCUGAGGCGGAUUUAUUGGGGAGACAGAUACAACGUGGAAGUUGUCCGUGACAGAACAAACAUGGAAGGAAGAUAGCCUAGAGAUAGGGAGAGGCUGUAAUAAAGAUAUCACAAUCAGCUCAGGAGAAGAACUGAAUAUGGUUUAAGGGAGCUGGGAAUGAUUAAAUAGUCCCGGGGAUAUCUAAUUGUGAUCCAGUUUUGUCUUAAUAAACUUAGACUUGUUUAUUCCUUUUUACAA